AUGGACAAAAGUGAAGUUGAACACAAUGUAUCAAUGAACGAUGAAGAAGAAGAAGUCAAUGAUGGUACUGUUGUCAAUGAUGUUAAUACUAACAAUACUCAAAACGGCGCAAAGAAGUUGAAGUCAAAUACCACUAAUGGUGCAACAUCUACAUCAAGAAAGCAUUUAAUAAUAGAACAUGGAUUAAUGCAUUUAACUUUACCAUCUGCUUUGCGCCCAAAGUCAAGUCCAAAUAAUUCAAUUACCCGAGAAACAAAGAAUCGUCUGGAUUAUUUAGCAACUGUAGCCAUAAUCGAAGAUGGUCGGACAUUUGGCGAUCUUCGUAAAAGUGGGAUAACGAAAUUUUUAGAUGAAGCAAUAUCAGGUGAAUUUUUUUUCGAUAAAUACGGUGCACCAAAAAACCAAAGUUCAAAAGCAAGUAGAAUUCAUUGA